GACCGUUCCGCCGAGGACAUGAUCUCGAGCCUCCCCACUCCGGUGCUCCGCGCCGCCCUCCAAUAGAAAGAGAGAAGAAGGCGUCUCCCUCUCCCUCUUCCAUGGGGCAGCCAGGGAUGGAGCCUCACCAAGGGAAGGAGAGCAGCAACGGUGCCGUUCCUGACUGCAAUGGUGGCGCUCCUGCUCCCCCUGCCAAGCAGCAGCAGCAGCUGGAAGGGGCAGAUGCGUUGCGGUACGCCAACAUCCUCCGGUCACGCAACAAGUUCGCCGAUGCUCUCCACUUGUACAGCACCGUGCUCGACAAGGAUGGCGCCAAUGUGGAUGCCCUUAUCGGGAAGGGGAUCUGCCUACAGGCGCAGAGCCUGCUCAAGCAGGCCCUCGAGUGCUUCACCGAGGCUGUGAAGGUCGACCCCAGUAACGCGUGUGCGCUCACGCAUUGUGGCAUGAUUUACAAGGACGAGGGGAACUUGGUUGAAGCUGCAGAGGCGUAUCAAAAGGCCCGAACUGCGGAUCCUUCCUAUAAAGCUGCUGCAGAAUUUCUUGCUAUUGUAUUGACCGAUCUUGGGACUAGCUUGAAGCUUGCAGGCAAUACAGAAGAUGGGAUUCAAAAAUAUUGUGAAGCUCUUGAAGUCGAUAGCCACUAUGCGCCUGCUUAUUACAACCUUGGAGUGGUUUAUUCAGAGAUGAUGCAAUUUGAUGUAGCUCUUACUUGUUAUGAAAAAGCUGCACUGGAGAGACCAUUGUAUGCCGAAGCUUAUUGCAAUAUGGGAGUUAUUUACAAGAACCGGGGAGACCUAGAUGCAGCAAUUGCUUGCUAUGACAGGUGCUUGACUAUAUCCCCAAACUUUGAGAUUGCUAAGAAUAACAUGGCAAUAGCACUAACCGACAUGGGUACAAAGGUAAAAAUCGAGGGUGACAUCAAUCAAGGUGUGGCAUAUUACAAGAAAGCUCUCUUCUAUAAUUGGCACUAUGCUGAUGCAAUGUAUAAUCUUGGCGUUGCAUAUGGUGAAAUGAUGAAUUUUGAGAUGGCUAUCGUAUUUUAUGAACUUGCUCUGCACUUCAAUCCUCGCUGUGCGGAGGCAUGCAAUAAUCUGGGAGUAAUAUACAAGGAUAGGGAUAAUCUCGAUAAGGCUGUUGAAUGCUAUCAAAUGGCCUUGACAAUUAAGCCAAAUUUCUCUCAGUCAUUGAAUAACCUUGGAGUUGUCUAUACAGUUCAGGGCAAGAUGGGUGCUGCUGCAAGCAUGAUUGAGAAGGCCAUACUUGCAAAUCCCACGUAUGCUGAAGCAUAUAAUAACUUAGGUGUUCUUUACAGAGAUGCAGGAAGUAUCACAUUAUCUGUACAGGCGUAUGAGAGAUGCCUUCAAAUUGAUCCUGAUUCACGAAAUGCUGGUCAGAAUCGAUUGCUUGCAAUGAACUAUAUUGAUGAGGGGUCGGAUGACAAACUUUAUGAUGCUCACAGAGAAUGGGGAAAGCGCUUUAUGAAAUUGUAUGCCCACUAUACUAGUUGGGAUAACCCAAAAGUCGCUGAUCGUCCACUGGUCAUUGGUUAUGUAUCUCCUGAUUUUUUUACUCACUCUGUGUCAUACUUCGUUGAAGCCCCCCUUGCACACCAUGACUACACAAACUGCAAGGUGGUCGUAUACUCUGGUGUUGUGAAGGCAGAUGCAAAGACCCUUCGAUUCAAGGAUAAGGUGUUAAAAAAGGGUGGGUUGUGGAGAGAGAUAUAUGGUAUUGACGAAAAGAAGGUUGCUAGCUUGAUCAGAGAGGAUAAAGUGGAUAUACUUGUGGAACUUACUGGUCAUACUGCAAAUAACAAAUUAGGAACAAUGGCGUGCAGGCCUGCUCCUAUUCAGGUUACAUGGAUCGGCUACCCUAACACGACAGGUUUACCAGCAAUUGACUACCGAAUAACAGAUUCAUUGGCUGAUACACCUAAUACAAACCAAAAGCAUGUUGAAGAGUUGGUGCGUCUUCCUGAAAGCUUUCUUUGUUACACUCCUUCCCCAGAAGCUGGGCCCGUUUGUCCAACACCAGCAAUUUCAAAUGGUUUCGUCACAUUUGGAAGUUUUAACAAUCUAGCAAAGAUUACACCUAAAGUGUUGCAAGUUUGGGCCAGAAUAUUAUGCGCAGUCCCUAACUCGCGGCUUGUGGUUAAGUGCAAACCAUUCUGCUGUGACAGUAUCAGACAGAAAUUUUUAACAACACUGGAGGAGUUAGGUUUGGAGCCAUUACGAGUCGAUUUGCUGCCAUUGAUCCAUCUCAACCAUGAUCACAUGCAAGCAUAUUCCUUAAUGGACAUUAGCCUGGAUACGUUUCCCUAUGCUGGAACUACCACAACAUGUGAAUCCCUUUACAUGGGGGUUCCAUGUGUUACAAUGGCUGGUUCAGUCCAUGCUCAUAACGUUGGUGUUAGCCUACUUACUAAAGUUGGUUUGGGGAGGCUGGUUGCCAAAACGGAGGAUGAAUAUGUUAGCUUAGCAUUGGAUUUGGCAUCAGAUGUUGAUGCUUUACAAGAACUGAGAAUGAGCCUACGAGAACUGAUGAUAAAAUCACCAGUCUGCGAUGGAGAGAGUUUCACACGGGGCCUGGAAUCUGCAUACAGAACCAUGUGGCGCAGGUACUGUGAUGGGGAUUCACCAGCUCUCAAGCGCCUAGAACUGUUAGCGGAUCAGCCAGGCUCCAACAAGGAAGACUUGGACAAGACGGCAGUGAAACUUGCAGAUCCCAGAGUACAGAGAGCGAAUGCCAUUGCAGAGGAAGAUAAUCAGGCCCCAAUAAAGGUUAAUGCCACGCCGGAGGAAGGCGGGCAGCCCCAGAUAAUAAUGGCAAAUGGUGUGAGUUCACCUGCUGAUAGCCAGGCCCUGAUAGCCACGGCGCAGCUAGAUCAGCCCCAAAUAAUGGUGAAUGGUGUGAGUUCACCUCAUUCCACUUCUGGGAGAUGCGAAAUGAAUGGGCAUAGCAGCCGAUGACCAAUGGGAGGCAGGGAAUGCUCCAUUGAUGCAGGCACACACUGAUGUCUAGAUGCACCAUUGGUGUGGGUGGUAUCAUCACGAACUCGCUAUCGGGGCACCGAUACUAGGUGCCCCUGUUAUUGACAUCAGGAACAGAUAACAGCACGUAAGUGUGUCAUCUGGUGCAAAGCUAUGGUGACCAAUGACUUGUAGCAGUGUAAUAUAACUCGCGGGGGAUGCUUAUAGAGUCUGAUUUGUAGAGUUUAUCCCCCCAUUAGGUGUACGAGUAAGGCGUAUAUGACAAAUUGUGUUGCAUGUUAGAAAUCAAGAAAGGCAUUGAUUGUAUAUGUAGAAACAGCUUCUAUAUUCAAUUUAACUGAGGAAAUUGCAACAGUC